AUGCGAAAAUUGCAGCUUAAGGUAGAUUGCUUGUGUAGGAAGCUGUGGCGAAGGGAGCGUGAUAGAAGGGAUCCAUCACCCCCAUCAAGCGAUGGAUCAGCGGAGAGUAGGGAUCGCUCAUAUCGCUAUAGGUCAAGAACCCCAUCAGCAUCUUCACACCAGGAUAAACUAGAAAAGGGCAAGUACAGGCAUGAGCAAGGGUCAUCUUAUCGUAGAAUGGAGAAUAACACGAUGAGUAAUGCACUUCGACAAAUCUCGAAGUCACCCUUUGUUAGGAGAAUCAACAAGGACAGGCUUUCCCACCAGUUCUCACUGCCAACUUUCACCAUAUAUAAUGGAAGGUCUAACGUUGUAGAGCAUAUGAGCCAUUUUAAUCAAAAGAUGGCAAUUCAUUCUGGCAAUGAAGCCCUUAUGUGCAAGGUAUUCCCCUCCAGCCUCAGGCUUGUGGCUAUAUGCUGGUUUGAUGAUUUAGAAGAGGGGUCAAUAAGAUCCUUUAAGGAGCUUACGAGGGCAUUUGGUGCAAGAUUUGUAAUAUGUAGUAGAGUCCCCAAGCCCUUGGACUCUCUUUUGUCCAUGGCCAUGAGGGAAGGUGAAACUCUCAAGAUCUACUCGGAUAGAUAUUGGGAAAUGUACAAUGAGAUAGAUGGAGAUUUUGAGGACGUGGUAGUGAGAACAUUUAAGGUAGGGCUAUCGACGGAGCAUGAAUUAAGGAAGUCAUUAACAAUGAAGCUUGCCCUUAGUAUGCGCCAGCUAAUAGAUCGCAUUGAUAAGUAUAAACGAGUAGAGGAAGAUCAGACCCAAGGAAAGGGCAAAGCUAAGGUUUUCCCAAAGAAAAGAGAUCCUCAGGGAAGAGGAUAUCAUAAUAACCGUUCUCCGAGAGACUUCCCCAAUCAGACAUUAUCUGUGGGGGCUCAAGUGGUUAAUUCAUUAUUCAAAGAGCCAGUCUAUCAAAUACUAGAGAAGAUAAACAAUGAACCAUACUUCAAAUAG